ACCAGUCAAGGGUGCGCACGAGAGCUCGCAUUUGUCUUUCUAUUUAGACUAAAGACAGAGUUCACUGCCAUAGUUCCGAUACAAGAUCUAUGUUACUCUGCAGUUGAACUUCUUUUCCCAAGCACCUGCCUCGGUUUUCAGCGGCACUUUCGCCCGCUGCCCGCGGGCUUUGGACCAUCCAGCUGCGUGGGAAAGCUCCCCUGCGAACCAUGUACCGCUACUUUCUGCAUCCACAACUUCGGAGGAAUUUCUGAGCCGUUUUUUCCAGUCUCGCUAAAAUACGGAAUUAUACAUCUCAAGAGGGUCUUAAUUUUUUUUUUUUUCCAAAAAACCUUUCAGAAGUGGUGACAGGAUGGUCACACCGGACUGUUUGAAGUUUGUCACCAUCUGUUUUUCGGCACUAACAAUCGGACUGGCUGAAGGAGCGCAUGCACCAAAGAUUCUGCCCGCUGUGAAAGAGCUUAUUCUACACAAAGGGGAUACUCUCCUCCUCACAUGCAGAGGUCAUGGUUUGCUCAACUGGACGUUUCCCACCCCGGUCAACUUCGGUCUCUCAGCUUCAUCUGAGGGCAGGACGGUGAAACAAUGUGAUUCCAGCCGUCACCCGGCGUAUCAUUGCAUCAAACUGACCAUCGAGCCACUCAUGACCAAUCACACUGGGAUGUACGGCUGCAAAUACUCCAAAGAGGACAAAGAAUACGUGACCAGUAAAUACGUCUACGUCAAAGAUCCAAUGCAGCCUUUUGUGGAGCCGUUUGCAAAUCCCUAUAUGAUUAGGGUCUUCAAUUUUGAGACCAGCCUGGUGAUCCCUUGCAAAACCACUUCUCCUGACAUUCAUGUUACUCUCGAAGCGGAAAAGACAGGUGGCACUAAGGUGUAUCCAAAAUAUGCGUCAUGGGACCCAAAGGAGGGAUUCCGGAUUCCCUUUGAACCCGGAACGCAUUACACCCUUCUCACUUGUAUUGCUGUGUUCAAUGGUCGAACUUAUAAAUCACACUACAUCCCUCUCAGAGUUGCUCAUGUCCUUAAAAAUGUUAAGAUCACCCCUAAUAAGACGCGGGUCCUGGUCGGACAAAAGGUUUCCCUCAACUGCGCUGCGGAGACCACAUUAAACGGACGUCCAUAUUUCACCUGGAAAUAUCCUCGAGGAAUGACUAAUUCUACAAAACCAACCAGAGAAGCGCAUGGUUAUAUUGUCCAGACGAAGGACCUGUUAACCUUGACCAACGUCACCAUGGAGGAUGAUGGGUUGUACUGGUGCACUUCUGCGCUCAGUACUGACAUCUAUCAAAACGCAACCGCAAGAGUUCAAGUCCUUAAGGAACCCAUCCUUCGUGUCAACUAUAAAACCGGGAGUACAGGAACAGUGACCGUCAUAGAGGGGAGGAAUAAGAUUGUGUUGGAGCCGAAAGUGAAUGCUGUACCGCGACCUAAUAAGAUACAAUGGUAUAAAGAUGGAGUCCUUGUGAACCAAUCCACCUGCUCCACCUGUUAUAAUACGUCUGGUUACAGCUUAAUCAUCCAUGAUUUACAACCAAAGCACGCGGGGGUCUUCACCAUAAGCCUGAGCAACCAAGAGAAGGGUCUCCAGAAGAAUCUGAGCUACACUUUAGAAGUCCACACAAAGCCAACUAUAUCAGAAGCGGAGCUGGCAAAUGUCGACACACAGCGCUACAUAUUCGGAAAACAGUAUAAACUCACCUGCACGGCUUAUGGAAUUCCCCAACCCAACAUCACCUGGCAGUGGCAGCCGUGUCAGUCUGACUCGAGCCAAACAAAAUGCAGUGCCUCACAUGAGCUGAUGGAGGUGAGCAGUCACCAUGGGCGAUUCUCUAAUAACUGGAUACAGAGUGUCAACACCAAGUAUGAGUUGGUGAAAGCGAAAAACAAGACUGUGAGCACCCUGCUGAUCGGAGCUGCCAACGUUUCUGGGAUAUAUUCCUGCGUGGCUCAAAAUGAGGUGGGCAACAGCACGAUGACGCUGCCCUUUUAUGUCGAUGAACACGCAGAGCCGGUUUCCAUCAGUCCUCAGACAGCCUUCGAAGGGGACGAUGUCACUUUGGUAUGCCGGGCGUCUCGGUACCUCUACACAGGCCUGCGAUGGCUGGACUCCAGCAACAAAACAAUCACCACAAAUGUAUCCAGUCUUCAGCUCGACCGCUUCUCCAUUUCCCUUUCGCUUCAUGUGAAGAGUGUGUCCCAAAACGCCGUCAAAGGUUUUAAAUGCCAAGCUUCCAAAGUACACAAGAAGGUGGAGCUGAAGCCAGUGGCAUUGUCCGUCGAUGAAAGGAGAGAGCCCUGGCUGAGGCAAAAUCUGACCAACCAGGCGGUGAACAUCAGCACCACACUUACGCUUGCUUGCCUAGCUCUGGGUGUUCCCCGUCCAAAUAUCACAUGGUUGAAAAACGGUGCUCUUGUAAAGGAAGGCAGAGGAAUCUCUCUGAGUGACGACGGAAUUCUGACCAUUGAGAGGGUGAAGAAAGACGACGAGGGUCUUUACAAGUGUGUUGCUACUAAUGUUGUGGGGGUUGUGGAAACAAGUGCAGUCGUCACAGUGCACGGAGAUGAAGGGAAGCCAAACGUGGAGGUGAUCAUCCUGGUGUGUACUGGAGCUGCCGCCACUUUGCUGUGGCUCAUGCUCAUUCUCUUCAUACGCAAGCUAAGGAAGCAGCAGCCAGCCCACUAUAAGAUGGGUCCAUCUAUAAUCAUCGACCCGGAUGAGUGUCCUCUUGAAGAGCAGAACGAUCUUCUCCAGUAUGACAGCAGCAAAUGGGAGUUCCCCCGAGAUCGCUUGCGUCUAGGCAAAACUCUGGGUCAUGGAGCUUUUGGAAAAGUGGUGGAAGCUUCUGCCUUUGGGAUUGACAAGCUGUCCACCUGCAAGACUGUCGCUGUUAAGAUGCUGAAAGGUGGGGCAACAUCAAAUGAGCGUAAAGCGUUGAUGUCAGAGCUCAAAAUCCUGAUCCACAUCGGCCACCACCUGAACGUGGUCAACCUGCUGGGAGCCUGCACCAAACCCGGAGGUCCACUGAUGAUGAUCGUGGAGUUCUGCAAGUACGGAAACUUGUCCUUCUACUUAAGAAGCAAGCGGGAUGACUUUAUUGUUUACAAGAACCAGGAUGGGAAGGUGGUGUCGUCAGAAUCUGGCUGUGAACUGAGUGAGCUGAUGAAGCGGCGCUUGGAGAGUGUGGCCAGCACAGGAAGUUCAGCCAGCUCUGGUUUUGUGGAAGAUAAGAGCUACUGUGACUCGGAAGAAGAGGAAGAAGGUAAAGGCCAAAACUCGGAGGAUUUAUACAAGCGAGUUCUGACACUGGAGGAUUUAAUUUGCUACAGUUUUCAAGUUGCAAAAGGCAUGGAAUUCCUGGCUUCACGCAAGUGCAUCCAUCGGGACCUGGCCGCGCGGAACAUCCUCCUGUCUGAGAACAACGUUGUGAAGAUUUGUGACUUUGGACUCGCCAGAGACGUCUACAAGGACCCGGACUACGUGCGCAAAGGAGAUGCCAGACUGCCACUGAAGUGGAUGGCGCCAGAGGCCAUUUUUGACAAAGUCUACACAACACAGAGCGAUGUUUGGUCCUUUGGUGUUCUCAUGUGGGAGAUCUUCUCUCUCGGUGCGUCUCCGUACCCUGGUGUCCAGAUUGAUGAAGAAUUCUGCUGCAGGCUGAAGGAAGGGACCAGGAUGGGAGCCCCAGAAUACUCUUCCUGUGAAAUCUACCAGACCAUGUUGGACUGCUGGCAGGGUCAACCACAGGACCGACCCACUUUCACUGACCUGGUGGAGAGACUAGGAGACCUGCUUCAAGCCAGCGUGCAACAGGACGGGAAACACUACAUACCCAUCAACACGGCCCUUCUGGGGAAGACAGGGGAUCUGCCACCUAUAGACCAGUCGGACGAGACGCCCUCUCGACCGCUCUCCCAGCUCGAUUCCGGGAGCACCUGGAACAUCAAGAUCCGCCCUGCAAGUGUGAAAACCUUCGAUGAAGUCACCAUGGAGAACGGGACAAAUGAGGGUCAAGAGGGGAGUCACUCUGACAGCGGCAUGGGUCUGUCCUCCGACAACAUGAAGACUCUAAGGAGACUGGAGUCGUACGCGGGUCGCCCGCUCAGCAUCAUGGCUCUGGCGAUGAAAGCAGUCAGCAAGAGUAAAGAAUCCGUGUUGACCGACUCAGAGAAGGAGAAGUACCAGCCCAACAUCUCCUCCCUGGACUUCUCACUGGACGACUCUGCGCUGGACGCUGACCUGGAGUGUCACAGCCCACCACCUGACUACAACUAUGUGGUCCGCUAUUCCACACCUCCGGUGUGAGCCCAGAUGAAAACCACCGUGCCUUCUCCCAGAGGAGCUCUCCUCUGAAUGUCGGACUCUGGGAAAAAUACUGUCUUGUUUGAAGUAGCCAAGGAAAAGUGUUUUUCUAAGGUGACUGGUGAGAAGUGGAAGCUGAAGACAGGCUCAGGUAUUUCUUUGUUUCUGCUGUGAGAACACACAAAUCCUUCAGAGGUCUGACCCAACUGGAAAGCGAUUUUGUGUAAAGUUAAUAUUGAGAACGGGUUUCUGUGACAAAGGGCGGAUGAAUUGAGGCAUGAUGUUGACAACCAGGCCGCUGUUGUUAGUUUGAUAAAGCUCAGUUCACACACAGUAGAUACACUUUUACCAGCGAAUAAACUGUAACACAUGACUCCUUGAGUUAAAUCAGAAAACAAACGUGCCGUUGACGGAAACAUGAGCAGGAGGAAAACUCAGAUAAUGAAGUCAGAAACAUGAAACACCCUCCCAAAAAAUGAUCGUUUCUAAAGAUGCAAAUAUGUCAUAAAAAGAAGUAUGUGAAUUAAUGCCUGAGUUUUGCGAUGUAUGAAAAAAAAACAUUUUGUCCUGACAAAUUUGUCUUGACAAAUGGGAAGUUGAAUGAAAAGAUGAAAGUAUGAUUCAUGUUUUUUUUCGUAGAAUGUUGAGAGCGCAGACUUUGGUGAAAGGAGAAGGGAAAGUGUGACGGAGGGGGUUACACAAGAUUUAAGAGUGAAUUCAAAAAUGCUUCACCAAAAUUGGGAAGUGAAAAUCAUUUCAUGAAAACGAGAACAGAAGGAGCUCAAUAGUCACAUAAUUCCUAUAAGUUGAUCGAUCAAGCAUAUAUAUUAGUUGGGAAAGAUUCUCAAUUUUGUGUUGCAUAGAUGAGCAACAAAAGUCAGGAUGGUAUUUGUUGUCGUGUGUAUUCAUCCGUGUUGUUAUUUAAAUUGAGCUGGCUUCAUUUUCAUCCUCUCACUGCCCUAAUGUGUCCUGGAGCUCUUUUCCUGUCCGCACCAUGACAGCUUGCAGGGCAGGCACGUUCCAUGGUCCGUCAUGUUUCAUGUGGUUUAUUUAAAACCAUCUCUUCCUGCUCCUCCUAAAUCAGUUACAUCCGAAAGACAGUCUUAUCCAGCGAGCGCUUGUGUCUGUAUCCAGGUGUUUGUAUUGUAAAAGAAGAUCUGCACUGAGUCCUUGUACCGAUGUUUUUGUACUCUAAAGUGUUAUAAUGAUGUUAUUGAGGAGUGUUUAGUGUAAUAUAUAUUUAACUUUACAGAAGAUUAACAACAGUUGUAUGAUUUUUUUUUUUUUAUCAGCCUAACAUAUUGUAGCCUCCUUAACACGUUUCUAGGUCAGUAUCUCUGCAUUUUUAUUCUGUGACUCACACUCAUUCCCUUUUGUAGUUAAUGACAGUCAACACUGUUAACUGAGCGGUGAAAUAAAGAUUUAUAUAUUUCUACAGUAAA